AGUUUCGUUAAAUCAAUCAGACGGUAGAGAGCGAGAUCGGAUCGUCGUAUCGCCCAUAGAAACAAUUAAUUAAUCUGUAAUACAAUAAUGAGCUUAUGUAUAAUUGGUGCCGGUACGGCUGGACUUUGCUGUGCAAGGCACGGCAUUGAGCAUGGGUUUCAAGUAACCGUUUUUGAACUCUCUGAUCGGAUCGGGGGUACAUGGGUGUACAACCAGGAAACCGGAGUCAAAAAUGGCAUUGAUGUUCAUUCCAGUAUGUACGAGAAUUUGCGAACUAAUUUGCCCAAGGAAGUGAUGGGCUUUCCGGACUUUGAAAUUCCCAAAAACGAAGUUUCCUAUGUGCGAUCGGAUGAGAUUUGUGAUUUUUUAAAUCAGUAUGCGGACCACUUCAGGCUGAAGCAGUACAUCCGAUUUAAUAGCUAUGUUAUUCGAGUUCUACACAAGAAUAAAAAGUGGCAAGUUCUGGUCAAAGAUCUGCUCACUAACCAAAUAGAAUUCAAAUACUUCGAUAAGCUCAUGGUGGCCAACGGACAUUACCAUACGCCAAACUACAUACGGAUUCCGAAUAUGGAUCGCUUUCAGGGCGACUAUUUGCACAGUCACGACUACAGAACCAGUGGAGUCUUCAAAGAUAAAACUGUACUAGUUAUCGGAGCUGGCCCAAGUGGCAUGGAUCUAUCCAAUAUCAUAUCCAGAUCUGCUACGAGAGUCACUCUGAGUCACCAUUUAAAGGACAUUGGACACACAAAAUUCUAUGAUAAUGUGCAUCAGAAACCGGACGUAAGAGAGCUGGACGAGAAGGGCGCUUUUUUUGUGGACGGAUCUUACGAGGAAUUUGACACCAUCUUCUUUUGCACUGGAUACAAGUUUGCUUUUCCGUUUCUGACAGCAGAUUCUGGCAUCUAUGUUGAGGAAAACUAUGUUCAAGACCUCUACAAGCAGUGCAUUAAUAUCAGAAAUCCAACAAUGGCAUUAAUUGGGCUGCCAUUCUACGUUUGUGCCGCACAAAUGAUGGACAUCCAGGCACGAUUUAUUUUGAGCUACUAUAACGGGUCCAAUCAGCUGCCAUCCAGAGAGGAAAUGCUGAAGGAAACACAAACGGCAAUGUCCAAGAUCUGGGCAGACGGCUACAGAAAACGACAUGCACACAUGCUGGGACCAAGACAGAUUGACUAUUUCACAGACUUGGCAGAAACCGCUGGAGUUAAAAAUAUCAAACCCGUCAUGACAAAAUUACACAAUGAAAGCAGCAAAUGCUUCAACGACAACUUGCUGCAUUUCCGUGAGGACAACUUUGCCAUUGUCGAUGAUGAAACGUUUGUGAAAUUGAAUUAGUUUAAAGUUUUUAAGCAAUAAAGCGAUAUACACAAGCUGUUCAA